CGCCUCUGCGGCUGGUUGCUAGGAGACGCGAUGUGUCCAGGUUGCUGAGGUUCUGAAGAAGAAGCUUGUUUUGGAGCGUAUUUAGCGUCAUUAUUGGAACAUGCGAAUUCACGUGUAGUGUGUGGAAGUUUACCGGCUGUAAUGGUGAAGCUGAGGGCGAGGUGUCUGCUCGUCGGAGAUGCUGCAGUGGGGAAAAGUGCUCUCUCUCAUGUGUUCCACAGUGACGGCACUCUCUUCCAGAAGAACUACAGCAUGACGACUGGAGUGGAGCUGCUGUUGAAAUGUGUGAACAUCCCAGAGACCAACGACAGCGUGGAGCUCUACAUCAUUGACUCUGCAGGGAAGGAGACAUUAGUGGAGGCCUGCGAGAAAAUGUGGGGCGAGCCGUCGCUGCUGUGCCUGGUUUUCGACCUGACCAGUGAGCAGUCAUUUGCCAACUGCAGCCGCUGGAUGGAGAGAGUCCGUGCCCACUGCCGGGGUCUCCACGUUCCAGGCGUCCUGGUGGGCAACAAGUCCGACCUGUCCACCAGAAGGGAAGUAGAAGCAUCCGUGGCCCAGGAAUGGGCCCAGAGCCAGGGGCUGGAGUAUCACGAGACGUCAGCUAGGGAGAUGGAGAACUGCGACGCGCCGCUCCUCAGUUUAGCACGAGCCUUCCAGUCUCUGUAUCGUGAACGUCAGGAGGCAAUACAGAACCUGAGUCCAGGCUGAACCUCUGCUCACACACACACACACACACACAACGCACUGCUUUAUUUACCAAUAGGAUAGGCACAGUGUUUAUUGAAGUAUCAUUUCUGAUGGUUGAAGUGAGGUUGUAUGAGGUACCUACACAAAAACAGUCGCUAUGUUUACACCGACACAAGUGAUCAGAAUAAUAAACAGACUUCGCUGGUUUGGUGCUAUCAUGUGUAGAAAAUAGGGGCUAUUGUCGUCCUUUUAAACAGUUGGUUCAUUGUUGACGAUACAUUAUUACUAAAACACACGUCUCCAGUGCAGGCCCUCUGAUGUUCCCUGUGGACUUCUGAGUAAAAUACGACCUAGUUCUAGGUUUGAAUUCUGUUGUGAACUAAUCACUGAGUGGCCACACGGUGGUGUAGUGGUUAGCACUCUCGCCUUGCAGCGAGAAGACCCGGGUUCGAGCCCCGGUUGGAACAAGGGCCUUUCUGCAUGGAGUUUGCAUGUUCUCCCCGUGUGUGCGUGGGUUCUCUCCGGGUUCUCCGGCUUCCUCCCACAGUCCAAAAACAUGCAAUGUGGGGAUAGGUAAAUUGAACACUCUAAAUUGACCAUAGGAGUGAGUGUGAGAGUGAAUGGUUGUUUGUCUCUAUCUGUGUGUGGCCCUGCGAUGGACUGGCGAACUGUCCAGGGUGUACCCCGCCUAUCGCCCGAUGUAGCUGAGAUUGGCACAGCACCCCCCGCGACCCUCUGGUGGAGGAUAAAGCGGUAGAUGAUGACAGACUGACUAAUCACUGAGUGUCCAGAUUGAUUUUUAACCACUAGAAUCCACUCCUGAGAAAAUAUUAUUGAUGCUUCUUGGUGGGAAAUGGCAUCUUGACGAUGGUGCAGGGGAGUGACUGGUUUAAAAAACUUGUGCCAGGAAUCAGAAGACAAUUUUCAAGUGAUUUGGUCGCGAUAGACACAUCUCCAGUGUCGGACCUGACAGCAAACGGGUGCAAUCUUUUUUGCAAGACCGCAAGCUUCACCCGUGAUUGACAACUCCUCGACACCAGUACUUCAUACAACCUCACUUGACAAAAAUAUAACUUCUGUAAGGUUUAUGGAUGAUAAAUGUAAGAUUGUGAAACGUGUUUUUCUGGGACAGACUCGAUAUUUUUGAAAUAAAGCUGUUUUUCUUUGACA